GGUGUUGCUUGGUUGUACUCCUAGCUACUUGGGAGGCUGAGAUGGGAGGACUGCUUGAGCCUGCUAUGAUUGUGGCACUGCACUCCAGCCUGGGCAACAUGGCGAAACACCAUCUUUAAAAAUAAAAUCCCAUCUGACAAUGUUUGUCUUUAAUUGAAAUGACUAUUUGCAUUUAAUGCACUUACUGAAAUGGUUGAAUUUAUGUCUGGUAUCUUGCUGGUUUUUUAAAUUUAUCUCCUCUGUUUUUGUUGCUUAUCUCCUUGUAUUUUUAUUUUUAGCUUUGGUCUUUUGGAUUAAUCUGGUUGUUUUAAAUGAUCCUACUAGAAAAACUCUUCUAACAGGAUCCUAUUUCGUUGAUGGUCUCUGGUAAUCCACCCAGCCUUCCGUCUUCUCUGUGGCUAGAAACAGGACUGUCCACAAGUCACCUCUAACUGCCCUAUCUUGCAAGUUCUGAUUUUGGAGGAAAAAAAAAAAAAAAACAGCCUUGACAAGCUCCGCGGCCGUCACGAUGUUCUGGAAGUUUGACUUGAACACCACGUCGCACGUUGACAAGCUGCUGGACAAGGAGCAUGUGACGCUGCAGGAGUUAAUGGAUGAAGAUGACAUCUUGCAGGAGUGUAAGGCUCAGAACCAGAAGCUGCUGGACUUCCUGUGCAGGCAGCAGUGCAUGGAGGAGCUGGUGAGCCUCAUCACACAGGAUCCGCCCCUGGACAUGGAGGAGAAGGUCCGCUUCAAAUAUCCAAACACAGCCUGUGAGCUUCUGACUUGUGAUGUGCCACAGAUCAGCGACCGCCUCGGUGGGGACGAGAGCCUGCUGAGCCUCCUGUAUGACUUCCUGGACCAUGAGCCGCCUCUCAAUCCUCUGCUCGCCAGUUUUUUCAGCAAGACCAUUGGCAAUCUCAUUGCAAGAAAAACUGAACAGGUGAUUACGUUUUUGAAGAAGAAGGACAAGUUCAUCAGCCUGGUGUUGAAGCACAUCGGCACCUCAGCGCUUAUGGACCUGCUGCUGCGCCUGGUCAGCUGUGUGGAGCCAGCCGGGCUCCGGCAGGAAGUCCUGCAUUGGCUGAAUGAAGAGAAAGUCAUCCAGAGGCUUGUGGAGUUGAUCCACCCGAGCCAGGAUGAAGAUAGGCAGUCAAAUGCUUCUCAGACUCUCUGUGACAUAGUUAGGCUGGGCAGAGACCAGGGCAGUCAGCUGCAAGAGGCUCUGGAGCCAGACCCCCUCCUCACAGCGCUGGAGUCCAGGCAGGACUGUGUGGAGCAGCUUCUGAAGAACAUGUUUGAUGGAGACCGGACGGAGAGUUGCCUCGUCAGCGGGACUCAGGUGUUACUCACCUUGCUGGAAACCAGGCGGGUUGGGACAGAGGGCUUGGUGGACUCCUUUUCUCAGGGACUGGAAAGGUCAUACACUGUCAGCAGCAGUGUACUACACGGCAUCGAGCCUCGGCUGAAGGACUUCCACCAGCUCCUGCUCAACCCCCCCAAGAAGAAAGCGAUCCUGACCACCAUUGGUGUGCUGGAGGAGCCCCUGGGGAAUGCCCGUCUGCAUGGCGCCCGCCUCAUGGCAGCACUGCUGCACACAAACACACCCAGCAUCAACCAGGAGCUCUGCCGGCUCAACACCAUGGACUUACUGCUGGACUUGUUCUUUAAGUACACCUGGAAUAACUUUCUGCACUUCCAAGUGGAGCUCUGCAUAGCCGCUAUUCUCUCCCACGCCGCCCGCGAGGACAGGACAGAAGCCAGCGGGUCCGAGAGCAGGGCGGAGCCUCUGCAUGAGAACGGGAACCGGAGCCUGGAGACCCCACAGCCUCCUGCCAGCCUCCCUGACAACACAAUGGUGACCCACCUGUUCCAGAAGUGCUGCCUGGUGCAGAGGAUCCUGGAGGCCUGGGAAGCCAACGACCACACACAGGCAGCGGGUGGCAUGAGACGUGGGAACAUGGGCCACCUCACACGGAUCGCCAACGCGGUGGUACAGAACCUGGAGCGGGGCCCUGUGCAGACGCACAUCAGCGAGGUCAUCCGAGGGCUCCCUGCGGAUUGCCGUGGCCGCUGGGAGAGCUUCGUGGAGGAGACACUGACGGAGACGAACCGCAGGAACACUGUGGACCUGGUGAGCACUCACCACCUUCACUCCUCAAGUGAGGACGAGGACAUUGAGGGUGCUUUCCCUAACGAGCUGUCCCUUCAGCAGGCCUUCUCUGACUACCAGAUCCAGCAGAUGGCAGCCAGCUUCGUGGAUCAGUUUGGCUUCAAUGAUGAGGAGUUUGCAGACCAGGACGACAACAUCAAUGCCCCGUUUGACAGGAUUGCAGAGAUUAACUUCAACAUCGACGCUGACGAGGACAGUCCCAGCGCAGCUCUGUUUGAGGCCUGCUGCAGCGACCGCAUCCAGCCCUUUGAUGACGAUGAGGACGAGGACAUCUGGGAGGACAGUGACACUCGCUGUGCCACCCGGGCGAUGGCCAGAGCCAGGUUUGGAGCCCCCCAUGCUUCAGACAGCUGCUCAAAGAAUGGCCCAGAGCACGGAGGCCAGGACGGGAAGGCGAGCUCAGAAGCACACGGAGAUGCACCUGGGGCAGGUGCCCCCCUGGCCCCUGGGAAGAAGGAAGCCCCCACUGUGGAGGGUGACUCAGAAGCAGGCGCCAUGUGGACGGCAGUGUUUGAUGAGCCAGCGAACUCGACACCCACAGCCCCAGGAGUGGUGAGGGACGUGGGUUCCAGCGUGUGGGCAGCUGGUACCUCAGCUCCAGAGGAGAAAGGCUGGGCCAAGUUCACCGACUUCCAGCCCUUCUGCUGCUCCGAGUCAGGGCCCAGGUGCAGCUCUCCAGUGGACACAGAACGCAGCCGGGCUGAGGGCAGCCGGAGCCAAGGCCCUGAGAAAGCCUUCAGCCCAGCUUCUCCAUGUGCCUGGAACGUAUGUGUCACCAGGAAGGCCCCCCUGCUGGCCUCUGACAGCAGCUCCUCUGGGGGCUCCGACAGCGAGGACUAUCAGAAGGCAGCGAGUGCCGUGGAUGCCGUGAGCAGGAGUCCUGGCCGGGAGGCCCCCCCGCGGCCCACAGGGGCCAGGACAGAGGAGGCUGUCAGCAGGGCCGAGUGUGCCAACAGCCGGCUGUUAGAUCCUGCCUGCCCCGCGCCAAAGGAAGUGACCGCUGCCCCAGCCGUGGCUCCGCCCCCCGAGGCUGCUGUGGCCAUCAGCACAGCACUGAGCAAGGCUGGCCCCGCCAUACCCAGCCCAGCAGUCUCUUCUGCAGUGGCCGUGGCGGUCCCCCUAGGGCCCAUCAUGGCAGUCACAACAGCCCCAGCCAUGGUGGCCACCCUGGGGACAGUGACAAAGGACAGGAAGAGAGAUGCCCCGCCGGAAGGAGCUGCCUUAAAUGGCCCAGUGUGAUGCUGCUGCCGCCCGGCCACGGCCCGCCCUGGUCAGGCUGCAUCCUUAAUCGAGAAAACUACCUGGUGAUGCAAUCUUUUUUUUUUUAAUUUAAUUUAAUUUUAAAAUAAAUGCUGCAUUGGUAAAGCUGGCAGUUGAAACCA